UCAAAAAUCCCCAAAGUUCCAAACUUUCACUUUCUUCUCUGCUCAAACUUAACAACCCUCCCUUGAAAUGCACUCAAACUUCACCAUUUCAUAGACCAAAUCCACCAGACUCUGCUCUCACCAACAUUAACAUCUCACCCAUAUCAAACCCCAAUAUAGAUCCUCCUCUCUUUUCCCACACACCCAGUUAAUCAAUCCCCCAGAUCAAUUCAACACAACCCGGUAGCCCAAUUCACAUAAAGAUCAAACCUUUACAUCUUUGGGGUCUCAGUCAGAGUUGACAAUGGUGGAGACCUCACCUUUGGGGCGGUUCCACCACCACAGACUCGACCUUAAGCGGUGGCUGCCGUCGUUCUUAUCCUCCCACAGAACCCUCUUCAUCCUUCUCUGGAUCGCCGCGUUUGCGUCGGUUUUCGUGUGGCAGAGGAACAUUGUAGAUGGGUUUUCGUUUUUCCGGCGAGCUCCGGCGAGGGCCAUGCCGCGGAUGAGGCCGGUGGCGUUUAACUUGACGGAGUUUGGGGCGGUGGGUGACGGCGUUACUUUGAAUACUGAGGCGUUUGAGAAGGCUGUGCUGGCUAUUUCAAAGCUGGGGAAGAAGGGUGGUGGUCAGCUCAAUGUGCCACCUGGACGGUGGCUGACGGCGCCGUUUAAUCUCACUAGUCAUAUGACUCUGUUUCUGGCUGAGGAUGCUGAGAUACUUGGAUAUCAGGAUGAGAACUAUUGGCCUUUGAUGCCUCCACUGCCUUCAUAUGGGUAUGGGAGAGAGCACCCUGGUCCUCGGUAUGGAAGCUUGAUUCAUGGUCAAAAUCUCAAAGAUAUUGUCAUAACAGGGCAUAAUGGUACCAUUAAUGGUCAGGGUCAAUCAUGGUGGAAGAAAUAUCGCCAGAAGCUUCUCAAUCACACCCGGGGUCCACUUGUUCAGAUCAUGUGGUCAAGCGACAUUUUAAUCACUAAUAUAACUUUACGAGAUUCUCCUUUUUGGACACUUCAUCCAUAUGACUGCAAGAAUAUUACAAUUAGAGAUGUUACAAUCCUUGCUCCGAUCUUUCAAGCUCCAAAUACUGAUGGAAUAGAUCCUGAUUCGUGUGAGGAUAUGGUGAUUGAGGACUGUUAUAUAAGUGUGGGUGACGACGGAGUUGCAAUAAAGAGUGGCUGGGAUCAGUAUGGGACUUCUUAUGGACGGCCAUCAAAAAAUAUACUCAUUCGUAACCUUGUGGUCCGCUCUAUGGUCAGCGCUGGCAUAUCAAUAGGCAGUGAGAUGUCUGGUGGGGUUUCAAAUGUCACGGUGGAAAAUGUGCUUGUGUGGAACUCAAGGCGUGCUGUUCGGAUCAAGACCGCCCCCGGAAGAGGUGGAUAUGUGCGUAACAUAAUUUACAGGAAUCUGACGUUUGACAAUGUUCGAGUCGGAAUUGUUAUCAAGACAGACUACAAUGAGCACCCUGAUGAUGGCUAUGAUCGAAAGGCUUUUCCAGUAAUUAGGGACAUAAGUUUCACAAGCAUCUAUGGGCAGGGAGUUCGCGUGCCUGUCCGUAUCCAUGGGAGUGAAGAAAUUCCUAUAAGAAAUGUGACUUUUCGAGAUAUGUCAGUGGGGCUUACAUACAAAAAGAAACAUAUUUUCCAGUGUGCCUUUGUUCAAGGUCGUGUUAUAGGGACCAUCUUCCCUGCUCCUUGUGAAAAUCUUGACCGGUAUGAUGAGCGAGGAAAGCUGGUCAAGCAAUCUGUAUCCCAGAACAUUUCGGACAUAGAUUAUGAUUUUUGAGGUGAAUGGCUCAUACUUCUGGAGGGUCCUCGACAACUUAAAGACCUUUGUGGGAGGGUACUUGAAUUGGGACGAUGAGGAUGGAGCUGUUUGCUUUAUUUUUCGUUUUCCAUUUCUCACUCCCAUCUUGUAGCUUUCUUUAUAUUACGUGGAGUUGUAUAUACCGAAAAUUUUCAGCUCACUAAGCACAGUUUGAUGUAUAAUGUAUACCAAAGCUUCUGUUUUACA